AUGGGUCUAGUUGGACCAUGGCGCUUGGAUGUGGUGAUUAUGGUGCUCUACCAGCUCACCUUGUUCUUCUCAGUUCAAUUGCUUUUCGUCAUUUUUCUCGAUUUCAUGCCGACCACAUAUUGCAAUGAAAAGGAUUAUUGUUAUAAAAUGCGCAGCAAAUGCCUUACCGAUUACGAUCCGAGUCAGCCGAAUUUGUGCCCAAGGAACCAUAGCGCAUUUAGAGAAUGCGUCAUCGAGAAGAAGCGCGUCGACUUCUAUUCGGCCCAAUGGGAUUUCCAGCAGGAUUGUACCCAACUCCGCAUGCUAUCAUCGUCGACCGUCACCUUCAUUGGCACGCUCUUUGGAAACAUCGUGCUCGGAUAUCUCGCCGACACGAUCGGAAGGAAACCAGUUUACGUUGUUUCUGUUGUUGUCGGAGUUCCUUCGAUCAUAUUGUCGGCUGCAAUCAAUGAUGUCAAAUACUUCUACAUUUUUCGUUGUUUGACGGGAUUCGCUGUUGCUGGAACACUGACGGUUGGAUGGACAUAUGGAUCGGAAAUGAUCACGCCUAGUCGACGAUUCCGACUUCGCACAUUUCCGAAUUGGGCGAACGCCCGGAUGAUUCAAGUCGGAUUCGCAUGGAUAGCCGGCGAAUGGCGCAUCGCCUCGUAUAUGUGCGCCGGACUGUCGGCCAUGAUCCUUCCGAUGAUCUACUAUCUACCCGAAAGUCCGGUAUUUCUCGAGCAAAAGCACAAAUUCGAAAAGGCGCGAGCGGCCCGCAUGAAAAUCGCCGAGAUUUGUCGAACCGAUUAUGUCGAGACAGACGCGUCGCAAGUGCCGAUUCUCAAAAAAAUCACACCGGGCAAAUUGUGGCGAAGUCCGAGAUUGAGGCGCAAUUUCUUGGUGCUCUGCUUCAUGUGGUUCUAUGUUGGAACGACAAUCUAUGUGACCGAUUUGAACGGAAGCGAUAUGUCAAAAAACUUUUAUGUUGGACAGUUCUUCUCCGGAAUGUUGUUGACGGUCUCGAAAAUUUCCAUUGGCAUCGCUGAGCCGCACUUCUCAUGGCUCGGUCGUCGCUUGUUGUUCCUCAUAGCGCAAGGAAUCUCGUUAUUCGCUUAUGCGGUCAUUCUUUUCGCAUUGUACACUGACAACAAACAAACCGCGUGGUACACAUUGGCUUAUAUGAGUGCCUACGCCUUUCAGUCAAUAUGUUUGGAGUCGUGCUAUUUGUCACUGGCGGAGCUGAUGCCGACGGACGUUCGGACGACGGCCGGAGCAAUAACGAACAUCUUGAUGAAAAUUGGAACGAUUUUAGCAACGACCACGAAGCCGCUGAAAUUCUUCUACGAGCCCCUCCUAUUUUGGUUUAAUUUGAUUCUGGCGAGCGCUGGAUUUUUCGUGGUGUUUAAAUACCUGGAAGAAUCGAGAAAUAUUAAUUUGCAAACGGUUGGUCAGGAUGAUAUUAGUGACGAUGAAACGGAGGCACCGAAAACGGAGAAAACUGAGAUUGAAAAGUCGGAAAAGACGGAGAAAUCGCAGAUGUCGCAAAAAUCGGAAAAAUUAAUGACAACACGAUUAAUCGUGAAAAAUUUGCCUGCACAUUGUACGGAGGCGAAUCUGCGUAAAUUUUUUGACAAGUAUGGCAAAAUUACCGAUGCGUCGUUGAAAUACACGAAAGAAGGCAAAUUUCGGGGAUUUGCGUUUGUUGGAUUUGAUGAUGAAGAUUCGGCAAAGAAUGCGAUUCAGUCGACGAAUCAGACUUUCAUGGAUUCCAAAAAAUUACAGGUUGAAGAAUGCCGUCCAUUUGGGGAUGCGAAUAAGCCAAGAGCAUGGAGUAAAUAUGCAAAAGACAGCAGCGCUUAUAAACGAGCUCAUGGUGAGCCGAAUGUGGAAAAGUCCGAGGAAAAGUCAGAGCCUGUGGCGAAAAAAUCGAAGACCGACUCGAAAUUCGACGAGUUUCUUGAGGCGAAAGGCGUCGACGUUGAAAAAGCGCCGAAAUUGCUGAAGAAUGAGAGUGAGGAGGAAAAGAAGCUACUCGCCGAGCUCAUGGAAGGCAUUGAAGGCGACACGUCACUUUCAUUGUUAUUCACCGGGUUGCCGGCGUCAAUCAAAAUGAAAAAUGUGAAGGAAUGGCUCAAUCCAAUUCGAAUCAAGGCGGUGAAGGUGGCGAGGAAUGAAGAAGCCGCCGCCGCUUUUGUCUCAUUUAACAGACCGCCUGACGUCAGAAGAGCGCUCCAGAAGGAUGGGCAAUUUCUAGGAGGAUUCAAAAUCGGGAUACGGGUGGUUGAAGCUCCGAAGAGGGAUGAUGAUAUGGAAGAAUACGGAGCAGAGUUCGUUGAUCGACAGAAAGAGGAAGAAACUAUUCGGGAAAAGAUUCUAGAGACUGGACGACUUUUCGUGAGAAAUUUGCCGUUUGUGACCAAAGAAGCCGAUUUGCAGUAUCUUUUCAAGAAAUUUGGAGAGAUCUCCGAUAUUCAGGUGAUUAUCAACAAAACUGAUGGAUUAUGCAAAGGAUUCGCGAUUGUCGAAUUCGUGUUUCCCGAGUCCGCGGUGGCAGCCUAUUCCGCCCUUGACGGCGUCGUUUUUAAAGGUCGAAUGAUGCACAUUUUACCGGGUGAUGAAAAACGCGAAACAAAAGGGGAAGAAAAAGUUGAAAAUGGCGGAGAUGCGACGAAAACGGCGAAAAAGAGGAGUUUUAAAGAAGAAAAACAGGAAAAUCUGAAGGAAAAUGCGAAUAAGGCACAUUCAUGGAAUGCUCUGUUCUUGGGUCCGAACGCUAUUGCCGACACAUUGGCAGAGAGGUUGAACGUAUCGAAAGCAGAUUUGUUGACAGCAGAAUCUGGCGAAAGUGCGGGUGUUCGUUUGGCGUUGGCCGAAACACGGCUUGUUCGCGAAACUCGCGAUUUUCUCAUUGAGAACGGCGUCAGAUUGGACGCGUUCUCGAAACCAGCGACGAAACGAAGUGAUACCGUAAUGUUGGCGAAAAAUCUGCCGGCUGGUGUUCAAAUCGAAGAAUUGGAAAGAAUGUUCGAGAAGUUUGGCAAUGUUAAGAAGAUUCUCAUGCCGCCAGAAGGCGGUGUAUCGGCAUUGAUUAUAAUGGGAAAUCCAGUAGAUGCGAAGAAAGCGUUCAAGGCGUUGGCGUAUUCCAGAUUCCGAUCACAACCGUUGUACUUGGAAUGGGCGCCGUACGAUGCGGUUGAAUCGGAAGCCAAACAACCGGAAGUGAAAUCGUCGAAAAAAGAUGAUGAGCCGAAAAAAUCGAAACGAGAAAUGACGUAUGAGGAGAGGAAGCUCGAGAGGAAACGAAGGCAGCAGGGAAUUGAGGAGGAACUGGAAGAAGCCGAUAACCAGGGCGAGCAGACUGAGGUGCCGAUGAGCUCGACAAGUUUGGAUGAGAAUGAGUCGGAAAAGAAGAAUGAGGAGAUUGAAAAAGUCAUCGAACCGAAUAGCGCCCUAUUUGUCAAGAAUUUGUCGUUUGACACCACCGAUUCGGCAUUGGAUACACUUUUCAGGAAACGUUUUGGCGACAAAAUCAAAUCGGCUCAAAUCUCGAAGAAGCUCAAUCCAGCGGAUCCGUCAAAGAAUUUGUCGAUGGGAUUUGGAUUUGUUCAAUUUUAUCGAGCUCAGGACGCGAAAGAGGCGCUGAAAAGCAUGCAGGGCGAACUAUUGGAUGGACAUUGCCUCGAAUUGAAAAUAUCGCAUCGAGAGAAUGCAAACAUUGGUGCCCUUAAACGAAAAGAUGUGCAAAACAAAGAGCAGGGAGAGAAUACGAAACUUCUCGUCCGCAAUAUUCCAUUUGAAGCGAACAUCAAGGAAAUCGAAUCGUUGUUUGAGACGUUCGGCGAAGUCAAGAAUAUUCGAAUUCCGAGGAAACCGGGAGAAAAAAAUCAGCAUCGCGGCUUCGGAUUCGUCGAUUUCAUUUCGGUUGAUGAGGCUCGACGCGCGUUUGAGGCAUUAGUCCAUUCUACGCAUUUAUACGGUCGCCGAUUGGUGCUUGAAUGGGCGAAAGAGGACGAUACGGUGGACCAACUUCGCGAGAAAACGGCUGAGAAAUUCGCCGGCGAUAAAGGGGCUAAGAAGAAGCUUAAAGCGAAAAUUGAGGAGUUCCACAAACAACUUCAAGUUGCCGAUGAUGAGAAGGAUUAG